AUGGCUAAAGAUAAGCCCAAAAUGCAAGUGAACUUGCCGCCCAGGGUGCAACCCAUCGGCGAGACCAUCGCCCCCCAUAUCACCGUCUGCGCCGAAGUACCUGAUGAAGCGGUCCUGAGACCGCACCUCUACCAAGCCCGCAUGAGCCUCGCCGUCGUCGAUGGCAGGCGGGUCGAAAAGAACCAGCCUGCACAUUCUGUCGACUCUGUCGUAAGCGGCGUCAACAUAAUCCCCCUGACUGCCACCUUUUCCGGCAGACUCUGGUUCUCCUUUGAGAACCUCGCGUUCCGGCCGGAAACCGCAGGCCACACGUAUCAUUUCCGCAUCAGCGUCUGGCAGAGCGCCCAUGACGAGAAAACCAACAUCUGGAAGCAGCCCACCCUCUAUGGCGAGACGAUCACCCAGAAUAUUACCGUAGUGCUGUCCGGCCGGUCCGUAGAGCGCCGUGUAAGCAAUGAAGUGCACGAAUGGGAUAUGGAGACGUUUGGCACCAUCCUAGGUAUGCGUGAGAGGGAACCGCCGUUGGGCAUCGAAGAAUGCGUCGCGCUGUGGCCGCAACCAAAGGCGAUCAUGCAUGCGGAGCUCGACCGGGGUCCCUGGGCGGCUACGUCGAAGAGCAGGAAUUCUGCGCCCUCCUGA